UUGGACGUAUCGGUGUAUGGUUAUGAAAAAAUUUAACAGCAGUGCUGCUUCAGCAUGAAUGCUUAACAAUCCUGGAAAAACUAUGUCCAUUUAUGAUAUUCCGGGAAUAGUUGGCAAAUCGUUUCCUCUAGCUGCUAACCCUGUUAACAUAACAUCUGGUUUUAGACAGACCGGAAUCGUCCCAUUUGACCGCGAAGGUUUCCAUUCACGUGCUGACUAUGAUCCUGGUUUUGUUACGGAUAGAGUGGACCCAAAGUUAACUGUUUCUUUAGUUGAAAUUGAUUUGCCACUUCUAAAUGAGCCAUUUGCUCUUCCAAUUGGGAUUUUACCGGAUGAAGUGGGAACUGAUAUGCAGCUUGUUGUGGAUCCCCUAGUGGAACAUAAUGCUGUGGAGCAUGAAGUGCAACGUGAUGCUGUGGAGCCUGAUGUUGAGCCUGGUGGAAGACAACACAAUUCAAGAUCAUCUAACAGUGCUUCCACCUCACCUGUUCCCUUUUUAAAUUCACCGACUAAUUCUUCCUGUUCAUCAACGCUGUCGAUUAAAAUACUUGAAGAGUUGAGACCUUUUCCUAAAGCUGGCCCCCGGAUAAUUCCACAAAAUAAUGGGCGCCGGAAGAGAACAUCGGCAGUUUUAACUGACACUCCCGUAAAAAAUGUUAUCGAAGCAGAGAAAGCUGCAGUGAAAAUAAAAGCCGUAAGGAAGAUUGUGUUAUCUGAACAGCCACCCAACUCUAAAGCUGAUGAGUUCAAGAAAAGCAAGCCAGCAAAGCGGAACAAAAAAGAAGUCAAGAAAAAAGAAUCAUUUUGCCCAGAAUGUGGAGGGCGUUAUUCCACCACUAAAGAAGAUUGGAUUCGUUGUACAAUUAAAAAAUGUUGCUUAUGGGCGUGCGAGUCGUGUGUGGAUGACAGAGGAGAAGAUGAAAAUUCAUACGUGUGUUCAAAGUGCUCUGCAAAGAUGUAAGGCCAACUUGUCCCGACUUCACGGGCAACUUGCCCCACUUACGGGGUAAGUUACCAGCUGAAAGUGUCCGAAUAAAACUGUUUUUUGGGCAGAAAGUUUUUCUAAAUUAGCAUUUUUUUUUACGCUACAAUUUAGAUAAGAUAACAAAGCAUCAGCUAGGCCAUAAAUGUUAUCAUUACAGGAAAAAUUACAAGUGGUAAGACAG